AUGGAUUUCCUGCAGCACUUACCUGGUCCUUCGCUCCCGCGAUGUGUCCCCUGCAGUGUCCCCGGCCAUCUCCUCCGUCCGAUGCCGGCAUCCGGCUUCCGUGUUCCAGUCCUGCAAAUUUGAAAAUUUUUAAAAACUACAUUUUUUUUAAACGAUUAUUACAUACAUUUCACAUACAUUUUGUCCGUACUGCUUUGUCCUGUGCCUUGCCUGCAUUUUGACUGUUCUUUCUGCCUGGAAACUUAAAAAAGUCCAUGGCGUCCAAAAAGCAUCCCUUUAUGUCAAAAGCGGGUUUAGAUCAGCUAGAGAACAGCGAUAGUAAAUCAGAACCACUUGCAGAAUUAA